CCAAAGCACCAUAUUUGGAUUUCACUGUUCUUUCACAACUUUAUAAAUAUCAGGUUGUUGAUCGUGAAAUCUCUCGUGUGGCUUUACAAAAACUUAAAAAUCAUUUGUGGUAUCUAUCCCCUGAAUUCAUCGCCUUGGCGUUCUUUGACUCUAAUUUGCCAUCGGAAUUAAAAAUGAAAAUGGUCAAAGCAUUAAAUCGUGAAACAGAUGAAUUAGAAGAAAAUGUUAAAAGGAUUAAAGUGGAAAUAAAUCAAAUCCCAGAAAUAAUAAACAAUGGAAUCGAACAAUUUGUUUCGAAUAAAACAAGGAAAUUUUUCACUAGAUUCGAUUUAAGUGACGAGUUCCUUAAUACAGAUCCUUCGCAGUGGCAUAAGAAUGAAGAUUUCGUCAAAGCUCUAAGCCUGGUUGAGAAAUUGAAGGUUGUGAACGAUCCGGCGGAGAGAGGCGUGAAACUAAUGGAGGACUACAAUAACUUAUUUACAAAAAACGAGCAACAGAAGCAGUAUGUGCUUCAGGUUGUAAGUGAGUACCGACAAAAAUUUCCAGAUAGCAGAAAACAAACUUUAUCGAAAAAUAAAGAGUUCUAAGUUAUCAUGACAUUUUCUUUGUGAAUUAUUAACUCAUAUUUAUUUCAAACUUCUUUGCCAUUAUUCUGUAAACUGAAUUGAAUUGAAGUAAUAAAUAGUCUUAUAGAAUUAUAUAAACUAAA